UGGAGGACGAUGAAGUGCAAAACAGACUGCAUCGAAAGACCUCUGUCUCUCGUCUUUGAAAAACUCGGCCGUCUCAUUGGGAGACAUCCGGUUGUGUUUAUCUUAUUAUCUUUAUAUGUAGCUGCUGGUCUUGGAGCGGGGUUCAUCUUCCUCAAGGAGAGGGAGGCAAACGAUAUCGAAGACCAGUUCACACCUGUCAAUGGACCUGCCAAGCGGGACAGAGAGAUCGUGGCUGAACACUUCCCUCCAUCUGAUGAGUUUUCCCAGUUAAGGCUCAUGUCUGAAGGCACGUACGCCUCUUUAAUCAUCACAGACUUACAAGGAGAAAAUAUAUUAACUGCAGCAGCUUUCGAAGAAAUCCUAGCGCUAGACAGACAAGUCAAAACUUUACAACACCUGGGCAACACCUUCGAGAAGCUCUGUGCCAAAAUAAGGGGAAACUGUGUGUCAAAUGCAGUUUUAGACAUUAUUCGGUAUAAUGCUGCCGACAUAGAUUCUGUGACCAUAACAUAUCCGAUCAACGACAAAACAUUUUUGGGAACAACCAUCGGUGGUGUAGAGACACAGCCAAACAGCUCAAUGCUGAAAAGUGCCAAAGCGAUCAGACUUUAUUACUUCCUAGAUGAGAAGAAGAGCAAGGGAAACGCAGACUGGCUUGAAGGCUUUAUAGAGUUCUUCUCUAAUUACACAGACCAGGAAAAGGUGAGUGAAGAUGAUCGAGAGGUCCUUCAGCAUGGCCUAACACACACACAAACAAUCUCCAAUCACUGUAACCCAUUCCUUAAAGACAUCUGA